AUGUUUGUUUAUUUCUGCUUUUUCCUGCUGAUUGGAGCUGUAUCCACAGAGAAAUGCAAGUUCCAAAUCAUAUUCGACUCGGUUAGCUGCAAAAAGUAUGCACCGGAGCUUGUUGAAGACAUGAAUUGUUGGAAGGUUCACCUGAAUAAUCGCAGUUCUCUCAGUGGAAAUCUUAUACUAAAAGUUAAUACCAGCCAAAUUUACGUAACGUCGAAAAUGGACUUCUGGAAAACGGAUAACACAAAGGUGCGCCUGUAUAACUUGCGUGGGGACGCGUGCGCGUUUCUCUCGAACAUACAGAAGAACCGGUUCGUGAACACACUAGUUAGGACCAUUAAGGAAUAUUCGAAUGGCAUAUUCAGAUGUCCAUUUAAUGCGGGCUUCAACUAUACGCUCAAUAGAUGGUAUAUUAACGAAAAAGACUUGCCCAGUUACGUUCCUGAAGGCACUUUUCAAACCACCACUGAAUAUAAAAUCGAAAAGAAAAAGGCAUUUCGCAUUUUGGUACGUGGCAGAGUUGAAUAUUAA